UGGCGAAUGUACUUCUUCCACUUGAUCCAUCGACAAUGGGAAAGUCAAACAAACAACAGAGAGCAAAUAUAUUUGAAAAGGACAUUUCGAUUAGGGUUUCUGGGCUAUAUGUAAAGGCAAACCUUAGCAUUGUUUAAGGUCGGCCGUGAUAGUUGAAUUAUGAUUGAUAGCUCUCUAUCUACAUGGUGCCUUUUUGAAUGAAUGGUACGUCCAAGUAAGGUGACAAUAAGUGGUGCAAUCCUAAGGAGAACAGAUCCUAAAGCAAAUAUGAAUCUACUCAGUGUGAAUUAUCUCUUCAAGCCUGUUGGCUUAUCUUUUCACAAGGCAAAUUAUUGCCUUAACACUUUCCACCAACAAACUUCGGGGAUCUUUGAUCCCAUAAAUUUCGAUCAUGUCGAAGAAAAGGGAGAAGCGAAACGCGAAAGCAACGAAAGGUAAAACCAUGGGUCAAAAUCUGUGUACCAAUCGGAAGACUGAACCCACAAGUUCCUUGGGGAGUCGCGAAAACCUUCAAUCAAAUUCGGAGGAGGUUCAUCCGGUGACUGGAAGAUCAGACGCUUCUUUGGAUUUGGCCAUCCGAUCCAUUGAUCAAUUAUCCCUAGCUUCGGACGAAAAUGAACGCAUCGUUUUUGAUGAGGCAAUCUCAGAGGACCCUUACUUGUCAUUUCCGUUUCUCAUCGACCCCCCCUCAAUUCAAUGGUACAAGGAGAACCAGGUCAUGCUAGUCUUGAGGGGACUUUCGGGAUCGGGUAAGUCCACCAUCGUCCAAGCCAUCCAGAAGACCUAUCCUGCGGCCGUGGUGUGCUCUGCCGAUCAUUUUUUCAUAGAUACUAAUGGAGAGUAUAAGUUUGAUGCCGAUCUUAUUAAAAACGCUCACGAAUCGUGCCAGAAACGAGCUCGAACUGCACUGGAAAACGCCAAGCCCAUGGUUGUGAUUGAUAACACGAAUGUUCAGAAGUGGGAGAUGAAUUUCUACUUCAGCAUAGCCAAAGCCAACAAGUACAUCGUGAUACUGGUGGAAACCAAGACUCCAUGGAAACUUGACCCGCAUGAACUGGCAUCCAGAAACUCACAUGGUGUUUCCGAAGAGGUCCUUUGAC